AAAGAAAUUUCUGUAUGAGAAUAACAAACAGAAUUCAAUAGCUUGAAUUUCAGAUUUUACUAGUAUUAAAUUUAAUUUCUACAUUUUAUGAAGUUAUAAUAAGUCCCAAUUAAAAUACUUCAUCAUAAAUCAUGGCUGCAGUGCUCAAGAAACGCGCAUUAGCCGAAUUUUCCCAAACACAAGUCAUCCAUGACGUUCCUCAAAAGAUUAAAAAACUCCGCUUGGUGAAAAAACCAACCACUGAGAGCACCGCACUAGCUCUAAUAAGUUGUCUUGAGGGAGCAAAAACAAGUAAUGAAGCCCUCCACACAUUACUACGCAUUUCCGAUGCGUUCGACCUGGAUGCGGCCGAUGUAAACGAAGCAGUUACAAAACUCUCAGCACACUUCCAAAAAGAAGAAGAGAGUGCCGUCCGUGUGAAAAUCCUCUCAUUGCUUGGUGACAUUGCAACUGAGCAUAGUUUAGAUGCAGGCUCAAUAACACAAAUAGCAGAUGAGUUGUUCAUUCUGCUGAAGAAUGAAACUUCUCACAAAGUGAUUGCACAAGGCAUGAAUUCAUUCCUCAGAUUGAGCAAAUACAUCAAAGAAAGUAACAUUCAAUUAAUAAAUUCCAUCAUUGAUCUGGCAAGGAGUAAUCUAAAAGAUAUCAGUCAUGCAGUCAAAUGUAGAUGUCUGCAAAUCAUUGGGAGUUUGACACCUGUUCAAAGUGGUGAAGAAUUGGAAAAGUUGAUUUAUUUAGUUGAGUGUUACUUUAAUCAUGAAGAUGCAAGAGUGAGGGCUCAAGCAUUCUCAACUAUGAUUCAACUGCAUGAGAGAGGUUUCAAAAUUGGUACAAAUAUUUAUAUAAAUGUUUGUGAAGCACUCAAAGAUGAUUACGAAAGUGUGAGGAAAGUUGUUUUGCAAAUGUUAUGUGUUUUGGCUAAUGCAUAUCCUGAACAUAUAAUAGUAUUACCUGACAGUGAACAAGAAGUUCGUUUAAUCGACGACGCUUUCGCGAAAAUCUGCAAUAGCGUCAAUGAUUUAUCCAUGCACGUACGUCAACACGCUGCUAAACUUUUGGGUUCCAUGAAACUAGUAAGCGGAAAGUUUUUAAACCAAACUUUGGACAAACUUAUGUCAAACAUGCGUAGAAAGCGUACUGCGCAUGAGUUAGCAAUUGAAAAUCUUGCAAGUGGCGAAUGGGCAAGCGAAAAAUGGGCCGAUGAUAAACCUCGCGAAAAAAUCCAAGCCGACGCUAUUAAUCUCAUGAGUAGCGGUGCAUGCGGUGCAUUUGUGCAUGGACUUGAAGAUGAGUUCCUCGAAGUACGCUCAGCCUCAGUCGAAUCACUCUGUGAACUGUCCUUGGAUAAUCUGCACUUUGCAAAUUUAUGCUUGGACUUUUUGGUUGAUAUGUUCAACGAUGAAAUUGAAGAUGUGCGUAUUAAAGCAAUAGAUGCGUUGACACAAAUAUCACAAUCUAUUACACUGCGUGAUGAUCAAUUGGAAACAAUUCUUGGUGCUUUGGAAGAUUGUUCCGUUGAAGUCCGCGAAGGGUUACACAGAAUGUUGGCGUCGAGCACCUUGUCAACUACUACAGGAUUACGCAUUUGCGUCGAGAAAUUAUUGGAUAAUCUUAAGAAAUAUCCAAAUGAUAGAAGAUCAACGUACAGAUGCUUGCAGUGCAUUGGUAGGAGACAUCCUGCUUUGGUGCUGCCUUUAGUACCGCAAUUUUUGAUGAUGCAUCCGUUCUUUGACAUGGCUGAAUGUGAUGUUGACAAUCCGAAUUAUAUUUGUAUAUUAAUCUUGGUCCUCAACGCUGCAAAACACUCACAAACGAUCGUCCCGCUGCUAGAACCGCAGAUCCUGAAACAUUACUCGUAUCUUCGUGACACUCUACCAACGUUAGUACCUGAACUUUGUCUACCCAAUGAAAAUGGAGUCGCGAUUGCCCGUCCGACUACAGUUCCGGAAAGUCUACAGUUUUUAAACAAUAUAAUCGACCAUUUAAACCGCGAUAUGAACACAUCUCGUGUCCAAACGACUUUAUUUCAAAGCGCGAAGGAACAUCUCAAACGUUUGAGUGAAAUGGAUGAUAAUGUAGCCGGUACAGCGCAAUUCACCUCGUUGUACAUUGGCGCACAGUUAUUAAUGUCACAAUUACUAGAAAAGAGUUUCUGGAGUAAUUCAAACCUUGCAAUGCAAGAGUCUAAUACUCUAAAAAGUCACAUUGAUCAAUUAUUACUCAAUUGUAUGAAGUUACAGCAUUUGUUCGUUGGUUUAAGCACAAAUGAAUAUUUAGCUGUUAAACAGUUACGUCUGCGUGCUCUAGGACUCAAUUUAGUUUACAUUGUCAAAGGUAGUAAUGCAUCUGCACUUGCACCAUGUCAUCACUUUCUGUCUGCUGUUGAAGAGAUGCAAAAAGAAAUGGAAAACGCUGAAACUUUUGAACCUGACGCUUUCAUUCAAGCGUUGUUUAAAGAGUUAGCUACUGUAGAGGAACCUAAACCAGGUACAGUCGCACGUAUUUUAAUACCUAUCUUAAAAGACGCUAAAUUAGGGAAGACUCCAAUGUCGAAUACAAAUAUUCGAAUGACAACUGUGCAAAUCAUUGAUCCCAACGGGCAAUCAGACAAUACUCUGAAAUUUACAGCGGGUUUAAUAAUGUCUGUGCCAUUUGAGGCUGAAUUAUUGAAUUUGUCUGAUGCUAGUAGAGUCAGACUAAAAGUAAAAUACCCCGAUCAAAAAACACAAGUUAUUUUACCGAGACCCGGACAUAUGAAACCGCUAAAUCUUGAUAAAACUGAUCAAACGCAACGGAAUGAUAUUCGUUUAUUAACGAAUGUUUUAGUAUCCCAUCAGGUUUGGUCUGAAGCUUGCAAUGUUGAGAUUAAUAUUGCUUUAGCCAUUCCAGAUGGAGAUGUUGGUAAAAGAAAGCAAACAAAUGAUGGGAAUCCAUUUUUGAUUGAUCUGUGCAAAUCGGUUAAGGUUAGCGUAUCGCCAAAACCGAUUAAACGCGCUUUGUAAAGUUUUAAACUUAAGAAUUAGACUAUUUCAAGAAUAUAUAAGUAUAAUUAUAACACUCACAGUUUUUGUACAUGUAUCAUACAUUAUUUCUUAAAAAUAAACGAUAAAAUCUAAA